AUGGACACCAUCAACUUCGAUAUCAACGAUGCUCUCAAACAUUAUAUGAGCGAUCCUGCCACAAUAUCUACGCCGGAAGCCGACUCGAAUCUCGUCGAUUGCGAAAACGACCCCGAAUCCCUCACCAACUCCCUAAUAAAUACUGUGUUGAAUCCGAUCGUCGAUUCAGUAGCGGAGAAUCCAGAUGCUAUAACAAGAAGCUCCUCAUUUGACUCGCUGCAAUUUUUACUAAAGUGUGCCCCAGUUUCCUUUAAGUCUAUUCAAAAUUACCCUACAGAGCCGGACUCUGAACUCUUCAAACUAUCUAGAUCCUCCUCCAUCCUACCCACACAUGCCUUAAGCAAAAUCCUUGAUCUCGUUGUCUUUGGGCUAUCUGCUGAGGCGGAUGUCAUCCACCACGAUCUCGAGUCGGAUGAGCAAGAUAUCAUUUCACACCACAAAAACCUACUAGAGAUCUUCGGCUUUCUGCUACAAUGGACUAUUGCUGCAGUCGAAACGAAGGCGGCGGAGAAGUCUACCACAGCGCCCGCCGCUCGAGGACGAGGAAAAGGCGCGAAAUCGAAAGCCGCAGGAAAGGAUAAGGAUGGAAAUUGGGAUUCGUCUUCCCAAUUACAAACUGCCCUUGAUACCAUGUGUAAAGUGUUCAAGUUGAAGCUCUCCAAAAUCUUCCUGACUACUUCGGAAAGGGAUACAUUUAUUAGCCUGUUCACUCGACCAGUGACCAUGGUUUUGGAAAGCGAGCAGAGGGUUAAGAACACUGCGAUUCGGAUGCAUGCAUUUAAAGUAUUGUGCAUAGCUGUUAAACAUCACGGUCACGGCUAUGCCGCGCAAAUAUCGAUUGUCCAGAACUUGACCUACUUUGAGCAUCUUGCAGAGCCAAUGGCGGAAUUCCUUCAUAUCCUUGCAGAGCAAUAUGAUUAUCCCCAACUUACUGACGAGAUUCUUCGAGAGCUCAGCAACAAAGAGUUCAACAGUAAUGAUACCAAAGGACCGAAGUCAGUCUCUUCAUUCAUUGUCAAGCUUUCCGAACUUGCACCUAGACUCGUCAUUAAGCAGAUGACGAUGUUAGCGAAACAACUAGACAGCGAGUCCUAUGCGCUACGAUGUGCUCUCAUCGAAGUCUGUGGAAAUUUACUAGCAUAUCUGAGCAAGCUCGAAGAACGGGGUGACAACCACAAGUCACAGUUAAAUGCCUUUUUCGAUGUUCUAGAGGAGCGUUUCUUGGAUAUCAAUCCUUAUUGCCGAUGUAGGACAAUCCAAGUCUAUAUCAAGCUAUGCGAUCUGGAACAAAAAUUUCCGAAACGGCGACAAAAGGCUGCAGAACUAGCAGCCAGAAGUUUGGAGGACAAAAGUAGCAAUGUUCGAAGAAACGCUAUUAAGCUCUUAGGAUCACUAAUCAAGACACAUCCAUUCAGCAUCAUGCAUGGUUCUCAGCUCUCGCAUAAGGAAUGGACUGCAAGACUGGAGGCUGUGGAUGCAGAACUGAAUGCUCUGAACCCCCCCGUCGACACACCAGGUUUGACCAACAAACCAGAUGUGACCGUGGAUACAGCACUGCUCGAUGAUGCCACACAAGUCGAGCCAGAAUCCCCACAAAAACAGAUGACAGAAGAACACAAAGCUGCUAUCGUCAGGAAGGCCCAAGAGGACGCCGCAACUUCAGAGGCCAUCAACAAGUUAACCUUGACAAGACGGUACUAUGUCGAAGCGCUCAAAUUCGUUGACGUUCUGCAUGGUGCCACUACUACUGUUUGUCAGUUGCUUGGCUCUAAGAAUAAGAGCGAAGUUAUCGAAGCCAUGGAUUACUUCGAAAUUGGUGAUGCGUACAACAUCGAGCAAAAUAAGUUAGGCAUCCGGAGGAUGUUGCGGUUGAUUUGGACCAAGGGGAACAGCGAUGAAGGGAAGGGCAUUCAAAAUCAUCUAAUCGAGUGCUAUAAGCGCCUCUUUUUUGAAGCCCCAGAUUCUUACAACGGCAACGAUGCGGCAAACUACAUUGCUCGAAACAUGAUCAGCUUAACCUUCGGUGCCACACCAGCGGAGUUGACAUCGUUGGAGCAGCUUCUCAGCACCAUGAUGAAGGUGAAUCAUGUCUCAGAACUUGUUGUUCAGAAAUUAUGGCAAGUCUAUGGCGUACAGAAAAGGGAAAUCUCCAAAAGUCAGCGACGUGGGUCAAUUAUUGUGCUUGGCAUGCUCGCAACAGCAAAGCCAGAGAUUGUAGUUGGUGAGAUGGAGACAAUGCUCCGAAUUGGUCUCGGCAGACUUGGACGUUCCGAUCUACAGCUGGCCAAGUACACUUGUAUCGCCCUUCGAAGAAUAAAUUCUACCGGACGACAGGUAAAUGAGCCCAACAUCCAGCCUUCAAAACUUCCAAACGACCAUGCCAUUCUUUCCAAGCUGGCAGCUAUUAUCGAGCUUGAAUCAGAUAACAAGGAAUGGUACGGGGUUGCUGAGCAAGCAAUCAGUGCCAUAUAUGCGCUUUCAAAGCACCCAGACACUCUCUGCUCCGAAAUUUUGCGAAGGAAGACGAAGCAUGUAUUCCAGCAACGAGUCGCAAAAACACCUGAGCCAGAAGUAGCCCAAGGAGAAGCCCAAGGAGAAGCCCAAGGAGAAGCCCAAGAGGAAGCCCAAGAGGUGACCCAAGUACUUUCUCCUCCACCGGAGCCACCAGUCGAGGUACCUGAGCCAGACAAGAAGCUGAAGGGGGCGGUUGCCUUGUCACAGCUUCUCUUUAUUGUAGGCCACGUCGCCAUUAAGCAGAUUGUUCACCUAGAGCUUUGCGAGCUAGAGUUCAAGCGGCGGAAAGCAGAUACCGAAAAGAACAAGCCAGCGGAGACAGCAGCUGACAAGGCGGCAAAAGAAGCAGCAGAUGAUCUAGAUAUGAUUGGCGGAACCACUGAGGACGACUUCACCGAAGCAAUGACACACAUUCGGGAGAGGGAGCUCCUAUAUGGUGAAAAGUCACUUCUAGCCAAUUUCGGUCCCCUGGUCUCGGAGAUAUGUUCAAAUAACACCACAUACAAGGACCGGAAUCUCCAAGCAGCCGCCACGCUCUGCUUGGCGAAGCUCAUGUGCGUUAGCUCUGAGUACUGCGAAACCAACCUUCCGCUGCUCAUUACCAUACUCGAAAGGUCUAAAGACCCUAUUACACGGUCAAACGUUGUCAUUGCUCUUGGUGACAUGGCGGUCUGUUUCAACCAUCUCAUCGACGAAAACACGGACUUCUUGUACCGUCGUCUCAACGACAAGGAUGCGAGUGUUAAGCGCACCUGCUUAAUGACGCUCACAUUCCUUAUCCUUGCUGGUCAAGUCAAGGUGAAAGGCCAGUUAGGAGAGAUGGCCAAGUGCCUGGAAGAUGAGGAUAAACGCAUUGCGGAUAUGAGUCGAAUGUUCUUUACUGAACUGAGCACCAAGGAUAAUGCUGUCUAUAACCACUUUGUAGAUAUGUUCAGUUUAUUGUCUGCUGAGAAGGAGCUGGAAGAGGAUUCUCUGAGGAGGAUCAUUAAGUUUUUGGCUGGGUUUAUUGAGAAGGAUAAGCAUGCUAAGCAACUAGCUGAUAAGUUGGCGGCAAGACUUACCAGGUGUGAAACUGAGAGGCAAUGGAAUGAUGUGGCGUAUGCGCUUAGUCUUCUCCAACAUAAGAAUGAGGAUAUCACGAAGAUGGUGGCAGGUGGUUUUAAGGGUCAGGAUCUUUGCCCCGCGUAUAUUGAGAUGAUUAGCAGAAUUGCUUGGGUUGACAGUUCCGUGCAGGCACAGAAGAGCUACGAGGAGUUCAGGAAGAUGGAGGAACCAGAGGCAAAAAUAUCAGGCCGGAAAACAUUUAAAGUAGCAUUAGGAAUUAGGACAAGGGCCAAAAAGUUUAUGCUAGGUAUCAGGAUCGAACUGAUGAUCUUCUGUGCGUCUCGGUCCAGCUCAAACCCACUCUCUACAACAGUGUCCUUUGGAUAA